CCUCGCUCCAAAGGUCCUCCAGCCUGAACACCAGGAGACACCAGGAGACACCUGGAGACACCAGGAGACACCAGGAGACACCAGGAGGUCAGAGGAGGAGAAGAAGGACUCGGCCAGACGAGGAGCAGCGAGCGAUGGGAGUGCAGGAACAGGAGGAGGACGCAACUCCUCCAGCAGAGAAGAAGAAGAAACAGAAAACCUCCAAAGAAGUGUUCUUCACCGUCCUGCCGGACCGAUACGAUCCUCUGAUCGAGGAGGAGGAGGAGGAGACGCCAGAGGAGAGGAGGAAGAGGAAGGAGGAGAAGAAGAAGAGGAAGAAGAAGAAGUACAAGAAGUAUAGGAAGAACGUGGGGAAGGCGAUGCGUUUCAGCUGGCGCUGUCUGAUGCUCGGCUUCCAGAACAUGGCCGCCACCUACUCCGGCCCCGUCGUCGGCAUGACAACGGUGGUGACCGCCGGCCACAAAGCAUGAUGGGACGUUGACGUUAUUUAUCACAAUGAAGGAAAUUGUUUUAUUUUUAAUUCUUUAAGUUUUUAAUUGGCUGUAAACUUGAUUAAAACAGGAAAAACAUUUAAAUAUAUACAAUAACAUUAUAUAUAAAUAUAAAAAAUAAAAUACUUUUCUAAGCUAUUUUAAA